UCGUCGUCAAAGUCUGCGACAAUUAAUGUAGUCUUUACACCGUGCCGAAGCACGAAGGCAGGAGUUAGCUCGCAAUGUAUCACUAGACAGCGAGUAGCUUAUGAAUUUGCUUGUUAAUCAUUUUAUUAACACGGCAAAUAUUAACUUUAGUCGACAGUAUAUAACUGGUUGUUAUUAGUUAGCAUGGUAGACAGCACGCAAUGCCGUUUUAGCUUAGCUUAGCUUAGCUUAGCUUAGCUUAGCUUAGCCGUUUAGUUAAGCAGCAUUGCUCAACACAGUUUCAACAGAGAUGUGUCAAAGAAAAGGAGGAACUUGUUACGUUGUCGGUAACUUUUAACAGCUGGGUGUGGCUACAGCACUGUCGUUCAUGUACCAUUGUAGUGAAUUUCUGUUGGUUAAAUAGGUUUUCUUCGGAACUGGGGCUGCUUCAGAAGCGUUCACAAUAUGUUGAACAUUCCGACCCAGUCGUUCCCUGCGCCCUGCUCCCAGCAGCGGGUCACUCCGUCCGGACAGUCCGGGAGGAGCAAGGUGGCCUUAAAGCCCGGCCACAGUUUAAUGGACUGGAUUCGGUUCUCCAAAAGUGGCAAAGAUCUGACAGGGCUCAGAGGACGCCUGAUCGAAGUUACUCAGGAAGAGCUGCAGAAACACAACAAAAGAGAGGACUGCUGGACGUGCAUACGAGGUAUGGUUUACAAUGUGACCCCCUACAUGGACUACCACCCUGGCGGAGAGGACGAGCUGAUGAGGGCAGCUGGGAUAGAUGGCACUGACCUGUUUGACCAGGUUCAUCGCUGGGUGAACUAUGAGUCCAUGUUAAAAGAGUGCCUGGUGGGCAGGAUGGCAACUAAGGCCACAACAGCUAUUAAAGCUAUCAUCUCUCCUGCACCUCCGACUGGCCUCGCCCCACCCACGUCAGUGGCUCCUCCUCCAGACAAAGAUGCUCGGCCUCGAUUCGACUGGUUCCAAACUGAUGCAACUGUUCAUCUGGUCAUUUAUGCUAAGAGGAAGAUUCCCAGCUCAGGCUGUACCAUUGUUGACCUUAAGGCGGGUGUUCUACGACUGGAAGUGCUGUUGGGGAAAAUGUCCUACCUGAUACAUUUAUGUCUAGCUGAUGAAGUUGAGGAACAGGUCACUGUCCACACUGCCUUCUCAGUGGGAAAGAUCCAGGUCAGCAUACGCAAACAGAAUAAAGGAAAAUGGACAAGUCUUGGUCAACCACUGGAAUUUCACAAUACAUUUCUACGCAAAAAAGACAGAGCUCUCUACUAUAGGGAUUGUGUGUUGGUGUCUAAGACUGCGGUGAACCACAACACCCAUGUGUUCAGAUUGCAGCUUCCACGUGGGACUGUCAUGCAUGUGCCUGUUGGAAAACAUGUCUACCUCAAAGCCCUCAUUCAAGACACAGAGGUUGUGAGGCCAUACACUCCGGUAGAUCAGAACCUGGCAGCUGCCUCCCGCCACUCCUCACAGGAAUCAGAUCUCUACCUCAUGAUCAAAGUUUACCCUGACGGAGUGUUCACCCCACACCUCAACAGCCUGCACAUUGGUGACUGUUUAUCCGUUAGUGGUCCAGAGGGUCCCUUCAGUCUCCGGCCCCUUCGUGAUGUCACAUACCUCUACCUAUUAGCAGCAGGCACAGGGUUCACGCCCGUGGCUCGCCUCAUCCAACUGGCUCAACAGGACAUUGACACCAUCAGAACAACCAAGCUGCUCUUUUUUAACCGACGAGAGGAGGACAUUCUGUGGCGCUGUGAACUGGAUGAACUGGCUGCAAAUAGUGAGAGGUUUCAGGUGGAGUACGUCCUCUCUGAUCCGUGUGAAAGCUGGACGGGCCUGAAGGGACGGGUGGAUGAGUCCAUGCUCAAGGAUUUCCUCGAAAGGCCGGAUGGCUCCAAAUGCUAUGUGUGUGUGUGCGGCCCCUCUGCCUUUACAGAGCUGACUAUAGGGUUGUUGAAGCAGCAGGGCUUCAGUGAAGAGGAGCUCCAUGCCUUCCAGGGCUGAUGUGCUCGGCUCCGACCCAGUUCCACUCUGCAAAGACUGUGUGCCUGUGUGUGUGUGUGUGUGUGUGUGUGUGUGUGUGUGUGUGUGUGUGUGUGUGUGAGUGUGUCAGAGAGACAGAGAGACAGAGAGAGAGACCAUAUUUAUGAACUCGUGUUUGUGAGAAAUGAAUGGAACAUUGUAUUUCUAUGCACCAAGGACCUGACGAUGCUUAUAGCAGGCAUCACACCUCAGGCUUUGAUGGGCUGUAAAAAUUCUUCUGAUUCUGGACAGUUUGGUCAGUGUUUGAUACAAAGUUAAUAUAACUCUGAAAUAAAAGGUUAAACAUUGUAAAUGUGUAGAAUAAAAGCAGAAAAUGAGACAGAGAAAUGCCUGAGAUGAUGUAAACUGCUGGUGUAUAUGCAAUAAUAAAAUAGAAUUAAUAUGACCAGAGUGUAGCAAAGGAUCUUGUGAAGUUACAGUAUUCAUGGAUGUUACUGUUCAGUUACAUGGAUGCAGUUGCAGGAGAGUUAUAACCACUGCAGUGAAAUAAAAUGCAUUAUUGUGACAUUUUUAAAGGUUACUCUCUCAUUCAUUUAGCCUGGGCCAAUUUUCAUUACUAUUCUGAUUGUUGUUUUGACUCACCGCAGUUUAAUUUUGAGUCAUCAAAUUGACCUUUAUGAGAAGAGAUUAUUUGUUUAAUCCUUUUUAAGAGCACCCACAGGCUAAAACCUGCUUCUGCUGCCUUAUAUACAGCGAAUCUUGUCACAAACAGAAAGGAAACACUGUGAUGUAACACUGUACUAUAGUGUGGUGUUAUAUGACUGUUCAGAUGCGGUGAACAAUGCACACAUGUUUCACAGUUAGCAAUCACACACUGAUGUUACACUUUAAUUAUCAGGAGUAGGGCUGCACAAUUUAACAACAAAGCACUUUCAUCGCAAUAUCAAUAUGCGCGAUGUAGAUGUUGCAAAAGACUGAACUACGAUAAAUAGUAUAUUUGCAUGUGUCAUGCAUUCACGUGAUGCAUGUCGUGUUGAAACAGUGGCAUCUGGUGACUUAAGGCCUGCUAGUUUUGAAAGUAUUUCUCGUGUAACAGAAACCACUGAGAGUGAAAUUUGUGUUUAGGGUGUUAUUAGCAUAUGGUCUGUGAUGUCUCAGUGUUUUUGUUUUUCUUGGGCUCUGCAUAAAUCUGACAUCUGUCCACCUUCCGAACCAGAAGUUCACUGCACCACAAUUUCCCAGUAAAGAUGGCAUGGAGUUCCCUAGGGACUGCGGGUAGACCGUAACCUUGUAUUUUAAGGUUCAUAAAAUACGCUGAAUUCAUGCAUAUGUAGGAAAUGACAAUAGUCAUUCCUGCUAUCUUACAUCAUAAUGUCUGCUGUGACGGCAGAUGCUGUAUGUGCUCAUGUCAGUGGCCAGGGUAGGCACCGUUUUUCUCUCCUGAUGAUGUUACACUGUGAUAAUGUGAUUGUGCUACUGAUCGAUACUGUACUGACUCAUUUUAAUAACCUAAUGAUAUUUUUUUAUUCAGGGGACAAACUGUGUUGAAAAAAUAUUUUUACCAGCGGCUGCCAUUUUCUUACUGCAUAUAUUUGUUCAUAAUCUCAAUAAGCUAAAAGAUAACAUAAAAACUCUUCUCAGAAUAACAGAGAAUAAGUAUAUUUCUCAAAAUGUUGAACUGUGAAAUUUCUACAAUAAGUUUUUUAGGAUUAUUCAAAGAAAUUCUAUGGAUAAUCCAUAAAAUGAUCACCAGUCCUUACCGGGGACUUAAUUGGAAAUAUCUUAACAUAACUGCAUUUCUUUUUUUUUUCAAAUUCAGUGUGCAUUGUCUGGGCUCUAUGUUAGCAGCACAAACCUACAUCAGAAAGACAUUAAAACACAGAUUUGUUUUGUUUUUUAAACCUGCUUUUCUCAAUGAUUUUACAGGUGUAAAUCACUGUAUCUGUAUAAUAGUAGAAUGAAUGCCAUAAAACUUUUUAAUUAUUAUUAUCCAGUGUUGACACAGAUCAAGACACAGGUUAGCAGCCACACAAUUUGGUAAAAAAGACAUUUGACAUGAAUGCUUUUUAAACUCCGCUCCGUUUCCAUUUCAUUUGCCUGUAGUGAGUGUAUGCGUAAUGACGUGAGGCAUUACAUGGUAUUGGAUUGGUCAUAGGCUGUACUCGCCGAUACCCGAUACCGCAUUUUAGGCAGUAUCGGAGGCAUUUCCGAUACUGGUAUCAAUAUCGGUACAACUCUAGUAUGCAUUUAAUGGUGUACCUUUAAUUACAACAUUUACAUUCACACACAUUUACAUUCUCCUAGUGACUGAAUAAUGGACAUAUUGUUCUUACAUAUAUGUUAUCAAUCACCUCAUUUACAGAUGAUGUGACAUGUAAUCACAGCUCAUUGUUAUAUACAUAUACACACACGUGUGUUUGACACCCCUCUGCCAGAGUCAGUCAUUUUGUGAAUGUAGAAUAAAAUAAGAGUUGGGGAAACAGAUGGGAAUGUGCAGAUAUUUUCCAACUUAUAUGCAGAAUAUUGUUACCCAAGGCCUGCAAAGAAUGCAGAUGUGUGUGUCUCCUGAUGAUAGCUUUAUUUGUGAUGACAUGCUCAAGUGUCUUGUUAUGUCCUCUACCAUGUCUACCACUGUUUAAUAAGCCACUCCUCUAGUCUUGUAAAGCAGGUUAAAAUGAACUGAAGGUCA